AUGAUCGACAGUUCGGCUGCUCACAAAUCUGGCAACUUCGCCGAUACCAAAAUCAUCUUCGUCCAGCCGCCAGCCCAACAAAGCCAGGGUUGCUGUGGAAAGGGUCGCGCUAUGAAUGGAGCGUUUAUGGCGGCAAAUCCGGCUGGGGCCCUAAUUAAUGCUGCGAUACGACGAGCGAUGCGUGGUCGACACGAAAAACGCAGAGCUCAAGAACUGGCCAAACAGCAUCAGGAAUUGGAGAGAUACGUGGCUCAGGAGCGGGAGGUUAUACAAGUCGAAAAAUGCCCAUUUGCCGAGUGCCAAGUUGUCGAUGCGCAUUUCCAUGAAAUGCCAGCUGAAAAAGACGACCCACCGCCACCCUAUGAAGCCAAAUCUAUA